AUGAAACUUCUUCUUGUGAUUCUUCUAUUAAUCUCGACUGUCGAAUCCAACACACCCCGCUUGAAAGCUCUCUGGAAUUUAGAAGAAGUUACAGAGUGCGAGUUGCAUUAUAACGCAUUGCACUACAACAACUAUGGAUGCUGGUGUGGAGUUGGUGGAUCCCAUGAGCCAGUUGAUGGAAUUGAUGACUGUUGUAUGCAUCAUGACAAGUGCUACGAUGCCGCAGUUGAUAAUAAAGUUUGCAUGGAUGUAGAGAUUGAGUAUGUCGACGAUUACUCAUGGAAGUGCAUCAACUCCACUGCUAUUUGCUCUGAAAAGAACGCCGGAUGCAAAGCAGCUCUCUGUGAAUGCGACAAAAUCGUUGUGGAGUGCUGGAAAAAGUUCCCAAAGCCAGUGAAGAAGGAAAAGUGCAACAGAACCCGCUGGUCGGAAAUCACCAAGCACUUCCAGCAUUAA